UGACAGGACUAGCGUGUGUGUGUGUGUGACAUGAGCGUUCCUCUGCUGAAGCUCGGUGCGGUUGUGAGCACCAUGAUCAUGGUCUCGAACUGGAUGUCCCAGAAGCUGCCGGCGCUGGUGGGUCUCGAUCAACACGGCGCACGACCCGGGACCUCGGAGAAGCUCAUCAGCGUGUGGUAUCCCGGCGAGGACGAGAGCUGGCAGGUGUUCGGCUCAGUGCAGGACAGGUGUGUUUGCUCCAUCAUGAGUCCCACUCACAGCGUCUGUGGAGGAGACCCUCGACACGACCGACUGCAGAGGCUCGCCAAUCACGUGAGGAUCCAGCAGGGGUCAGAGGUCACACGCGCUGGCACUCGUCACCUCAUCUUCAUCUGUGUGUGUGUGUGUGUGUGUGUGUGGCAGGUGCUGAACGUCUCCCAGGACAUGGAGCUCCUGAACCAGCGGACGGCUCAAGAUCUUCAGCACCUCAGAGACUCAGAGACGCUGCUGGACGCGCUGGAGACCAGAUUAAAAACAGCCCAUGAUGAUCCUCACAGCCUGACCAGCAAGAGCCUGCAGGAUCUGCGCUGGAGCGUGUCUCAGUGUCGCCCCCUGCGGGCGCUGGCGGGCCGGUUGCGGGCGGAUGCGGGGCAGCUGGAGUCUCUGAAGGAGGAGUUGGAGAGACUCAAGGAUUCUCUGUCCGUCCUGCAGGAACUGUUCACUCUCCGUCACUAUCAGCGUCUGCAGGAGCGCUCGUCAGUCCUACAGCAACACCUGCACACCUGCUCCAGCCAGCUGGGUUGUGGCAGGCUGACGGGUAUCAGCGCUCCGCUCACCAUCAGAUCUUCAGGCUCACGCUUCGGAUCAUGGAUGAUGGACACCAUGAUUGACAGUUCAGACAAUCGUGUGUGGGUGAUGGAUGGGUAUUUGAAGGGCAGGCGUCUGGUGGAGUAUAAGUCGCUCGAUGACUUCGCCAAUGGGCAGAACUUCAUCAUCCAUCAUCUUCUUCACCCGUGGGCAGGUACGGGUCACGUGGUGUACAACGGCUCCCUGUACUACACCAAACACCACAGUAACGUGUUGAUCCGCUAUAACCUGGCGUCGGGUGUCGUCCAGCACCAGCAGCGGCUCCAUCAGGCCGGGUUCAACAACACCUUCCCGUACUCGUGGGGCGGCUCGUCCGACAUCGACCUCAUGGCGGACGAGCUGGGCCUGUGGACCGCGUACAGCUCCACCCCUCACGCGGGGACUCUGGUGCUGAGCCGGCUCGACCCGCACACACUCGAGGUCCAGCGCUCCUGGGACACGGGCUUCCCCAAACGCAGCGCCGGCGAGGCCUUCCUCAUCUGCGGGACGCUGUACGUCACCGACUCACACCUGGCCGGAGCGAAGGUCCACUUCAGCUUCCACACGGACACGGCGUCCUACGAGUACACCGACAUCCCCUUCCACAACCUGUACUCGCACAUCUCCAUGCUGGACUACAACCCGCGCACACGAGCGCUGUACACCUGGAACAACGGACACCAGGUGCUGUACGAGCUCACGCUGAUGCACUUCAUCAGGACGGCCCGGGACAGCGACGAACCACACACUGAUUAACACCUGGGAGACCUUGUGUGUUUCCCCGCACUGA